AUGGCUGAUCUAGCAACUCUGAUCAGUGGUUUGAUUUCAAAUUUGGUACCUCUGAUUAAGGAUGAAUUCAAGUUGAUUUAUGGUUUUGAUGAGGAGGUUGAAAAGCUCUUGGGCACGCUAUCUGCAAUUAAUGCCGCACUUGAGGAUGCUGAGAUAAAGAACGUGAGUAAGAAGGACAGCCAAACCGAAGAUUGGUUGCGGAAACUCAAACGUGUGGCAUAUGAGGUCCGAGACAUCAUGGAUGAGUGCACCUUUGAAGAUCUUCGUCUUCAAGUCAAAAGGCGUAAUGCCUCCUCUUCAACUCGGAUCCAGGUAACCAACUGUAUCUCUCUUCCUUUUAGCAACGCUUGGUCGCGUCGUGAAAUUGGUUUCAAAAUUAAAGAUGUUCAAGUGAAACUAGAACAGAUUUAUUCAGAGCGCAAAAAUUUACAAUUGCGUGAACCUAUUCAUGACUCGAAAAUAAAAGAAGACAAGUUUACUUGUAGUUGGCGUGAAACAAUGUCACUUUCUAGUAGUCCAGUACUUUAUGGGAGAGAUAAGGAGAAGAAAGAGAUUAUUGAUAUUUUACUCAAUAAUAAUACAUCUAGUACUGUUAGUGUUCUGCCCAUUGUUGGGAUUGGGGGUCUUGGUAAAACAACACUUGCCCAAAUGGUCUUCAAUGACGACCAAGUUGGUCAUUUUAAUCCCAAAGUUUGGGUUUGUGUUUCUGAUGAAUUUGAUAUUAACUUGGUCAUCAAAGCCAUCAUAGGAGAAAAUAAUGAAACUUCCUUGGAGAAAUUGAAGGACUCAAUUCAAGAUAAAUUGGGAGAGAAAAGAUAUUUAAUUGUAUUGGAUGAUGUUUGGAAUGAAAACGUUUAUGCAUGGGAUCAGUUAAGAUCUAUAUUAGACUGUGGAGCAAAUGGUGCGUUCGUCCUUACCACGACACGUAAAAGAAGAGUGGCGGAAAUCAUGAAAACUAUUCCAUAUUUUGAGUUACCGUCACUCUCUUACGAUGAUUGUUGGCUACUAUUCAAAGAACGUGCAUUUAAGUUUGGAGAACCAAAAGAUCCAAGCUUCGUUAAUAUUGGUGAACAAAUAACUAGAAGAUGUAAGGGUGUUCCUUUAGUUGCCAAGACAAUAGGAAGUCAUCUGGGGUUUUGUGACGACGAAAAAGAAUGGCAUAGAAUAAGAGACAGUGAGAUAUGGGAGAUAUUCGAAAAUGAAGAAGAUCUCAUGCCUAUUCUAAGGUUGAGUUACUAUGACCUCUCUUAUCAAUUGAGAAGAUGCUUUGCGUUUUGUGCUGUAUUUCCCAAGGAUACUGUAAUAAAAAAGGAGAGAUUAAUCCAAUUGUGGAUGGCUCAUGGUUUAAUUGUUUCAGUUACAAAGCAAGAAGUGGAAGAUGUUGGGAAUAGAAUUUGGAAGGAAUUGUGUUGGAGGUCCUUUUUUCAAGAUGUAAAAGAGAAUAAAGUUAGGGAUGGUACAGUUCAAACAACAUGUAUGAUGCACGAUCUUAUACACGAUCUUUCGCAAUCUGUUAUGAAAGAUGAAUGUUAUACGAUCGAUGCUAAGAGGUCACAUGAUCGUUUGGGACGUGAAAUUCGUCAUGUUACAAUAAUGGUUAAACCGUUUGGCCAAACAUCACUUUGUUCUCUUAAAGAAUUUGGAGGGUUGCGGUCAAUAAUGGUUGACGACGCAGAUUAUAAUUAUAGAUUUGUCCUAAAGGAGAUUUUGAGUGUUUUGAAGGAACUUUUGUCUUUACGUGUCCUUGAAGUAAUAUGUCAAUAUCAAGAUUUGAGUUAUGUGAGUCGUCUAAAACAUCUUAGAUACUUGGACAUUUCUCAUAGUAAGAUAACAACACUACCUAACAGUAUUUGCGAUCUCUUCAACUUACAGACUCUAAUACUCAAUAAUUGUUUUGAGCUUAAAAGUUUGCCUAGAAAUAUGAGGAACCUUAUUAACCUGAGGCAUCUUUAUUUGGAGGGUUGUGAUGAAUUAAAAUAUAUGCCUAGAGGGAUGAGGCAAUUGAAACAUCUUAAGACAUUAAGCUUGUUUGUGAUAGGCAAGAAGGAGAGACACGGCCAACUAGAUGAAAUAAAAGAAUUGGAUAUCGGCGGAUCAUUGAGAAUUAAGAACCUUGGAAGAGUUAGUGAUGCAUCUAUUGCAAGAGGGAUAAGUAUGGCUAAAAAGACGAGUAUCAAUAUGUUGGAGCUGGAAUGGACAUCUGAUGAUGAAGAUGAUGAUAAUCGGAGCGAGAGUACUAGACAUGAAAAAAUAGGCGAAGCUCUAGAAGUUUCAACUGUGAGGCUGAAGAUGAUGAGAAUGAUUGGUUACAAAGGUGUGAAUCCCCCUAAAUGGGUGGGAAAGUCAUCUCCUUCAAUUGGUAGUAGCAGCAGCGAUGAUAGUGAAAUGAUAAUACUAUUCCCUUUAUUAGAGGAACUUUAUAUUUGCAGGAUGAAGAAUUUGAGGGAAUUGGUGUCUCCUACUACUACUAUUCCUAGUACUGGAGCAUUUCCUAAUCUAUGGAUGCUCUUCAUAAAUGAAUGUCCAAAGCUAGGGGCCUUGCCAGUACCGCAUCUCAAAACACUCAAAGAUAUAAGAGUUGAAGGUGAAUGUUCGGAUGAGUUGUUAUAUAGCAUCUCAAAUCUGAGUGCUCUCACUCAUUUCUCUCUUAUUUGGUGUGGAUUGAAUGAAAGAAGUGUUUUAUUUGGAGCUGGUUAUAUGGCAUCAUCAUCAUCGUCAAGUAAAAUCCUUGGGGACAAUAAUAAUAAUAAUAAUAAUGAAGCACAAUUAGGAGGAGUACGCUCAACUUUCCCUUUGUUAGAGGAACUUCGUAUUUCUUGCAUGAAGAAUUUGAGGGAAUUGAUGUCUCCUACUACUAUUUCUAGUACCGGAGCAUUCUCUAAUCUAUGCAAGAUUAGAGUAUAUGAUUGCCCAAAGCUAGGGGCCUUGCCAGUACCGCAUCUGAAAGCACUCAAAGAUGUAACUAUUAAAGGUGAAUAUUCGGAUGAGUUGUUAUAUAGCAUCUCAAAUCUUAGUGCUCUCACUCAUCUCUAUCUUGAUGAAUUGAAUGAAAGAAGUGUUUUAUUUGGAGCUGGUUAUAUGGCAUCAUCAUCAUCAUCAUCGUCAAGUAAAAUCCUUGGGGACAAUAAUAAUAAUAAUAAUGGAGGAGGAAGAGUACGCUCAACUUUCCAAUCUCUUCAAACUCUGUCUAUCCGGCACUGCAACAAGUUAAGGCGUUUGUUUGAUGAGGGAAUGAUAAUGGAAGAAGAGACUCAUCAUCAUGAUCAUCAUCUUCAAGUUGGACAAACAGAAAGAACAAGAGAUCUCAUCAACUCUCUCACGGAAUUAGUUAUUCGUAAUUGUCCGGAGUUGACGAUAUCACUUGAAGAAUUUGGAAACCUCAAUUCACUACAGAGAUUGAAGAUCUUGCGUUGUCCUAAGUUGGUGUCUUCAGAAGAAGCGGACGAUUUUAAGGCACUCUUACGUUCCCUUCGAACCAGACUUGGUCCUAAGAACUUCGCU